CCUUGUACGACUACGUGAUGCGAUCGGGGAAUCCAGCUUUGAGUCCGGAUCGUCUCCACCGGUGUGCUCGUCUCUGGGGACGAUGCUUCUGGGGCGAACGGUAUCCCGACCAAGAGGUGUUGGAUGACAUCGAGAAUUAUCGGGCGCUCGAGCUGUUGCACGUCGGCUUCUGUCUGCGCUAUCAGACGUGGCGGGCGCUCGUGGAUGCUGGUUCUGACAGCGCGGAUACCGCCGACUCCAUCUUCCGGGAGAUCGUCGCCUCGCGGGAGAAAUACUCCGAUCUCUUCAUCACGGCCAAAUUUGCCGGGGCCGUCUCCGCCCGACGCACACUCAACACUAUUUACAUGGCCGUUUGCACUUUCUACGCCCAGAUCCUCCUCCACCACCGGCUCCUGUGCGUGGAGAGUGGGCCCGCAUCCAUUCACCGGCAGGCCACGGCUGGCAUCGUGGACAUUGCCCGUAAGCAAUACGCAUCGGACCCGAAACUGUUGCGUCGACUGCAUUGGCCGUUGCUGAUGGCCGUCAUUGAAACCGACGAUGCGGACCAACGGACGUGGCUCCGACAGCGCUUGUUCGAUCUGCGCAAUUUCCACUCGGAAUACGUGUGGGCCAACGAUGUAGCCGACCAGGUGUUGGCUCAGCAAGAGGUGAGCCAGGGUCAGCGUGUCAAUCUGGCCGAGGUGCUACUCCAGCGGGUUCAUGCGCAAUGA